AUGGAGUCUGAUCAAAGAAAAAAGGGAAAUGUGGAAGACGAUUUUUUCACCAAAUAUGGUGAAAGAAGUAGGUAUAAGAUAGAGGAAGUUAUUGGUAAAGGAAGUUGUGGUGUUGUAUGCUCAGCAUACGAUACACUUCUUGGUGAAACAGUAGCAAUAAAAAAGAUUGAUAAUAUAUUUGAAAAUGUAUCCGAUGCUACACGAAUUCUUCGUGAGAUUAAGCUUUUAAGGCUUCUUCGUCAUCCAGACAUUGUGGAAAUCAAGCACAUUUUGUUACCGCCAUCAAUGAGGGAGUUUAGAGAUAUAUAUGUGGUGUUUGAGCUUAUGGAUUCUGAUCUACAUCAGGUUAUUAAAGCAAAUGAUGAUUUAACACUGGAGCAUUAUCAGUUUUUCCUUUAUCAACUUCUUAGAGGAUUGAAAUACAUACAUACAGCAAAUGUCUUCCAUAGAGAUCUGAAACCCAGAAAUAUAUUGGCAAAUGCUGACUGCAAACUCAAGAUCUGUGACUUUGGUCUUGCAAGAGUUGCUUUUAAUGAUGCACAUUCUGCAAUAUUCUGGACGGAUUAUGUUGCAGCAAAAUGGUACAGGGCUCCAGAAUUGUGUGGAUCAUUUUUCGCUAAGGUAACACCUGCUAUUGAUAUAUGGAGUAUCGGGUGUAUCUUUGCAGAACUUCUAACCGAAAAACCUCUUUUCCCCUGGAAAAAUGUGGUGCACCAGCUGGAUCUGAUGACUGAUCUUUUGGGGACGCCAGCACCUGAGGCUAUAGCUUUGAUAAGAAAUGAGAAGGCCAGGAGAUACUUAAGCAGCAUGAGGAAGAAAAAACCAAUUCCAUUUUCACAGAAGUUCCCAAAUGCAGAUCCUCUUGCACUACGUUUAUUAGAAAAAAUGAUUGCAUUUGAGCCCAAGGACCGGCCUAGUGCUGAGGAGGCUCUGUCCGAUCCAUAUUUCAAGAAUUUGGCCAAGGUUGAGAGGGAGCCAUCUGCUCAACAAAUUACCAGAAUGGAAUUUGAGUUUGAAAGAAGAGGAACUACUAAGGAAGAUGUACGUGAACUGAUUUAUAGAGAGAUUCUUGAAUACCAUCCCAAUAUGCUCAAAGAGUUCUUGAACGGAGCUGAACCAACAGGCUUCAUCUAUCCAAGUGCUGUUGACCAUUUUAAGAAGCAGUUUGAUCAUCUUGAAGAGCAUUAUGGCGAAGGUACUGCGGCUGCGCCCCUUGAGAGGCAACGUUCGUCAUCAUUACCAAGGUAA